AUGGUGAUCGACUCUCUCCCUUUCAUGGUAGGAGGUCAUCGUUGGGACAUCAGAUACUAUCCUAACGGCCGUACCUCAGAGAACGCCGACUAUGUAUCCAUUUAUCUUCAUCUUCUUGAUGAAGAUGUUGCAGAGUUUAAGGUGUUGUACGAAUUUAGUUUCGUCGACCAGCGUCAGAUGCAAGAUUCAGCCCAUAUUCGUGGAGUCCAGCCAACAAACUUUUCCGACAACCAUCGAUGUUGGGGUUACCCUAAUUUCGCGAAAAGAGACGCCCUUGAGAAAUCAAACCAUCUAAAUGAUGAUUGUUUCACCAUCCGAUGUGACCUUACCAUUGCCUCCACCGUCGAUCUCUUCAUUAAGGUACCGACAUCUUGUAUCCAACACCAUAUAAGCGACCUCUUGCAGUCUGAGGAGGAAGCUGAUGUGACAUUCAAGAUUGGAGAUGACACAUUUGUUGCCCACCGGUGCGUGCUCGCAGCUCGGUCUACGGUCUUCAGAGCAGAGCUAUUUGGCCCCAUGAAAGAGGGCACAAUAGGAGGCAUCAUCCAUAUAGAAGACAUGGAAGGAAAUGUGUUUAAGGCAUUGCUUAGCUUUAUUUACACCGAUUCACUGCCUAAGAUGGCGAUAGACACGUUGGAGGAUGAAAGGGAAGACCAAGAAGUGUUGUGGCUACAACACUUGCUUGAAGCGGCGGAUAGAUAUGAUCUUGAAAGGCUGAAAGUACUUUGUGAAGAGAAGUUGUGCCAACACAUAGACGUGGGCUCGGUGACGACUAUUCUUACUCUAGCCGAGCAACAUAACUGUUCUGUAUUGAAGGAGGUAUGCUUUCAGUUUCUCAAGACUCCUGCUAAUUUGAAGAAGAUAGUUGCGGUUGACGGCUUGGAGGACAUAACAAGAACAUGCCCCUCUCUCUUAAAAAUGCUCAUUGCCAAGCUUGUGUGCCUUUAA